AUGAUACAGAGGAACAUUCAACAAAAAAAGUAAAACUUUGGCUUAAAAAUAAAGAUAUGCCUACUUAACCAAUCAAUAAUAAUGACGAUUUAAGGAAUUCAAAUGAGUAUUCUAUUUAUGAACAAUAACUAUUGUAAGUAGUAGAUAAUCUAAUAAUAAAUAAUAGAGAAAAUGAAAUUAUAUUUUAAGUAGCAAUAACUUUUUCAAAUAUUAAUUUCUUUCUUUAUCACACAACAAAAAAUUUAAAAUCAAGCUAAAGAUAGGAGAAAAUAAAUACUAAUAAUAAUCUUAAUAAAUAACAAAAUUAUUUUUGUCUGUGUGGUAAAUUUUACUAAUCUACAAAAGAAAUGA